GCAGAGAAAAAACAGAAGCAACAGAGGUGCAGUCAUUAUAAAGAGCAGACUCACUCACUCACCCAUCAUCCAGCACAUUAGAGAAAUAGAGAGGAGGUGGCAGCAAAGCCAGAAAGCAUCAUCAGACUCUCAGACCCAUUAGUAUUAUCCGUGCACAGGAGAAGAAUCUCUACCCUUGAAAAAUAUAUAUAAAAAUAAAAUAAUAAUGACCCUCCAAAGUCCAAAUUACUAUCACCCCAUCUAGAGAAUUUAUUUCACUCUUUCAAAUCUUAUAUCUUCUUGUUCUUCACUUCCCCACUAUUUUAGAGAGAGACACACACACUCUUCCUUCCUUUUGUUGUCUCAAAAUGAUGAGUGCAAGUGCAAGAAAUAGGUCUCCUUUCACGCAAACUCAGUGGCAAGAGCUUGAGCAUCAAGCUCUUGUUUUUAAGUACAUGGUUACAGGAACACCCAUCCCACCAGAUCUCAUCUACUCUAUUAAAAGAAGUCUAGACACUUCAAUUUCUUCAAGGCUCUUCCCACAUCAUCCAAUUGGGUGGGGAUGUUUUGAAAUGGGAUUUGGCAGAAAAGUAGACCCAGAGCCAGGGAGGUGCAGAAGAACAGAUGGCAAGAAAUGGAGAUGCUCAAAGGAGGCAUAUCCAGACUCCAAGUACUGUGAAAGACACAUGCACAGAGGCAGAAACCGUUCAAGAAAGCCUGUGGAAGUUUCUUCAGCAAUAAGCACCGCCACAAACACCUCCCAAACAAUCCCAUCUUCUUAUACCCGAAACCUUUCCUUGACCAACCCCAACAUGACACCACCCUCUUCCUUCCCUUUCUCUCCUUUGCCCUCUUCUAUGCCUAUUGAGUCCCAACCCUUUUCCCAAUCCUACCAAAACUCUUCUCUCAAUCCCUUCUUCUACUCCCAAUCAACCUCCUCUAGACCCCCAGAUGCUGAUUUUCCACCCCAAGAUGCCACCACCCACCAGCUAUUCAUGGACUCUGGGUCUUAUUCGCAUGAUGAAAAGAAUUAUAGGCAUGUUCAUGGAAUAAGAGAAGAUGUGGAUGAGAGAGCUUUCUUCCCAGAAGCAUCAGGAUCAGCUAGGAGCUACACUGAAUCAUACCAGCAACUAUCAAUGAGCUCCUACAAGUCCUAUUCAAACUCCAACUUUCAGAACAUCAAUGAUGCCACCACCAACCCAAGACAGCAAGAGCAGCAACAACAACAACACUGCUUUGUUUUGGGGACAGACUUCAAAUCAACAAGACCAACUAAAGAGAAAGAAGCUGAGACAGCUACGGGUCAGAGACCCCUUCACCGUUUCUUUGGGGAGUGGCCACCAAAGAACACAACAGAUUCAUGGCUAGAUCUUGCUUCCAACUCCAGAAUCCAAACCGAUGAAUGAUGUUUUUUCAAUAGUUAUUAUUGUGAGCUGGUGGAUACGGCCAAGAGAGAGAGAGAGAGACUUGUUGAUAAAGAUCAUCAGUGUUUUUGUGGCUGGGGUGAAUUUUCUUUUGCAAAAGGUGUGAUGUUAUUGCGUUAUGUAGGGGACCACCGUAGGAUUGGUGUCUUUGCUUUGCUAGAUAUAAUAUAUAUAUAUAUAUAUAUAUAUAUAUAUAUAUAUAUGCUUCUUUUCUUUCUUCCCCUUGAAGAAAAGUUUUUUUUUAAAAAAAAAAACAUGUCUCACAGAUUUGCACACUAUGUUGUUUGACUGGAAAGCAUAUUAAGUUGCUCUGCAGUCUUCUUUAUAAUGGGUGGUAGCAAGGACAAUUCUAAUAAGCUCUCUGAUGUUUGUGUUUGUUCUGAACCUUGUUAUGUGCAUGGACCCAGCAGGGAACAUGCGCAAUGAAUAUUUGCAUAUAUUACCAACAACAACAAAAUUCUCUCUCUUACCUAAUAGACUAGGGUAGACACUGCAGAUUUAUAUCAAGGUUUCAAACUUUUCAUC